CGGGGGGCUUCCAAGCAUGGGCGACCGGUUGCCCGAGCCCACCCGCGCUAACCCUUCCCCGGCCGUGGCCGCCUCUGCCGAAGCAGAAGCCAUCGAGGUACUGGAGACGGAGGAUGUCCUGCCCAUGGCGACAGAAGACAACCAUAGAGUUGGAAGGAACCAAAGUUCAUCUACUCCAACCUGCUGCCCAAUGGCAAGGCCGUCAACACACCAACCCCCCACAGAACAACCUUUGCUGUCCAGAACACAGAGAGACACAAGCAGAGGGCAGAAGCAGACCAGAAAGCACUGGAAAACUCUGUUCGACCAGUUUGACCCUGAAAACACUGGCUACAUCAGCACAGAGAAAUUUCGAAACCUUCUCCAAAACCAUGGCUCUGAGUUGGAUCCACACAAGCUAGAAGUCCUCUUAGCCUUGGCAGACAACAAUUCUGAUGGGAAGAUCUGUUACCAAGACUUUGUCAACUUGAUGAGUAAUAAACGGUCCAAUAGCUUCCGCCAAGCCAUUUUGCAGGGGAACCGAAGGCUAUCCAGCAAGGCACUGCUGGAGGAGACGGGACUUAGCCUUUCCCAGCGGUUGAUUCGGCAUGUCGCGUAUGAAACACUGCCACGAGAGAUAGACCGGAAGUGGUACUAUGACAGCUACACCUGCUGCCCUCCUCCUUGGUUCAUGAUUGCUAUCACCAUUGUAGAGGUUGCCUUCUUUCUUUACAAUGGAGUGGUACUAGAUAGGUUUGUGCUGCAAGUCACCCACCCCUUAUAUUUGAAGAACUCACUGUUAUAUCACCCUCAGUUGCGGGCCCAAGCUUGGAGGUACCUCACCUACAUAUUCAUGCAUGCAGGGAUUGAGCACCUUGGACUCAAUGUAGUUCUUCAGCUUUUGGUUGGAGUCCCCCUUGAAAUGGUUCAUGGGGCAGCACGAAUUGGGUUCGUCUACAUUGCUGGAGUGGUGGCAGGUUCUUUGGCCGUGUCUGUUGCUGACAUGACAGCGCCUGUUGUGGGCUCCUCUGGCGGGGUGUACGCCCUUAUAUCUGCCCACCUAGCCAACAUAGUAAUGAACUGGUCCGGAAUGAAGUGCCAAUUCAAGCUGUUGCGCAUGGCUGUUGCCUUGAUCUGUAUGAGCUUUGAAUUCGGAAGAGCCGUAUGGCUGAGGUUCUACCCGUCUGCCUAUCCUCCGUGUCCGCAUCCGAGCUUUGUUGCCCACCUCGGAGGAGUAGCAGUCGGAAUCACCCUUGGUGUGGUCAUCUUAAGGAACUAUGAGCAAAGACUCCAAGACCAGUCCUUGUGGUGGAUUUUUGUAUCCAUGUACAUGGUAUUCGUUCUCUUUGCCAUCUUCUGGAACGUUUUUGCCUACAGUCUGUUGGACCUGAAACUACCUCCGCCUCCUUGAGAGUCUCAGCUAAAGACCUGUCAGGAACAAAUGGAUGACUCCCUCCCGGCAGCUCCAUUGGAAAGAAUCAAACUUGAGGAUUUAUUUUUGUAUGACUGUUACAGGAAAUAAGCUAAUCCGUUUUCCGGAAAGGCACAUAAGGGGGAACUACGCUGCACAUCUGCAGCGUGACCGUGUUACUGGAAAAGUUUGCUUAGGUGACCGCUGGUCAAGAAGACUUGUUUGGACGAAGUUCGGGCACGGAGAUUGACAGGUACCACUGUAAGAGCCUAGCCUUGUAUCUUUUGGCUCAUGCAACUGGCUUGGUGCUGGUCUUUUGUUCAGACCUCUGUCGGUACAACUGGGCACUUACUAUCACAUGCUGGUGAAUGUUAUUGUGCACAGUGGCAUUUUGUUUGGGUUGAAUACAUUUCCCCAGGUUCCUUCCUGUGCAGUCGUGACUGGAGUUUUCAAACCCCCAUCAGACCCCAGGGAGAAAACUCUUCUUUAGCAAAUGAGGCAGUCACCUCUAGCUGGGCAGCUGGGCUUGUUUUUGAUUGGCAGCCGAGACUGCUCUGUAAUACCCCUCCCAGUGCCCAGGAAACCUGUACAGAUCAUCAAGGCUAAUCUCCUACAAGGAGGCUAUUCCAUAAUAUUUUCCCAAGGCAUCAGCAAAUAUGAAUACUUAGCGAGUGGCAGAAGCCGAUCUCCAACUGAAGAAUAAACCAAAUUGAUUUUUUCACGGUGCUUUAACUAGGUUGCUAAAUACAAUGGCAUAUUUAACUGGA